CUGAUUGGCUCAUUCAGACUCGGCUCGCUUUAACUGGCUGCUGAGCGCUGGGCUGUAAAAGCAGGCGAACAGGGCUGGAAGCUUCACUCAGGCGGCACAUCUGUCUCUGUUCAAGCGACUGGAGUCAAGAGGACUGAAUACGAGCUGGUGAAUCCCGCGACCGAACAAACUUUCUCCAUCUUAAUGGGACGACGAGGCAGUCACACUGGGACUGAUUGAAUUGAGAGAAAUUCAGUCUUUCAUUCUUGCAGAUGAAAGGAAAAGAAAUGCUUUGCUUGCGUGACUCGAGUGACUGCCUAAGGGAGCAGAUGCGGUACAUGAUGAGGUCACUGCAGGACCUGAAACACCUGCGGAAAGCCUGCCCUGCCGCCCGCCGCCCCCUCGCUCCCCUCAGCACCCAGCUCCCGGCCUUGGUGCGCCACUCCGCGGUGGCACGUGCCUGUCAGCAGCGAGCCCUGCAGCGAGAGCAGCGCGUACGUCUCCGGAUGUCCGACGCCAGCACGGCCAGCACCUACGACUCCGCGUGCUGCCUGGCGAGCCCUCUGGAGGAGGAGGACGAUGACUCCAUCAGCCAGCUGGGCAUCAGCCUCAGACUGGGCCUCGGCUCUCCCUGCAGUCAGAAGAGCUUGGAGUUCGACUCGGGCUACUCUGAGGCGUCGUGGCAGGACGACGGAGUGGUUCUCAGGAGGACGAGAAACGUGCGCGUGUCAUCCUCAGCCUGCCUCCGCACGAACAGAGCGCCGAGCGGACGCAUACGUCCCAAAUCCACCUCUGACGCCUGCCUAGAGACGUGGACGUCGUUUGAGGUCGGUGACCCAGAGGACUGGACAAACUCUUUAUUGACCAGGGGGCGAAACCGCCAACCCCUCGUUCUGGGUGACAACAGCUUUGCAGACCUCAUACAGAACUGGAUGGACCUGCCAGACUGUCCCGAACCCACGGAGCUGAAGCCAAAUCCCAGACGCAGACUGGGCAGAGGCUUAUUUGUCAACAUGAGGAGGAAACUCGCUGGACUGUCUAAGAGCGUGGAGGACAGAGUGAAGAUGAGAUCAACAGACUCUUCUCAUGUUAACAGAACUGCCAAUGCUGAGAAGCGUCUGUCCUGUCCAGUUGUGGCAUCACAGCCUAAAGUCCCAUUUUUCCACCAGUCCCACUCAGGCAUUAAUGAGCUGGACACAGACUUCUUCCACUUUACAGCUCUCAUGAAGUCAGGAAGCCGGCAGCCCAUAAUCUGUAAAGAUAUUAUUGGCUACAUCUGACACAGUUCAUGUAGACUGGACAAUCCUCAGAGUCACUUUAUUUUUAUAUGACUGUUUUAUAUGACCUUUUUAUAUGCUGUUACUAAGCUAAUAAAGAAGAUGUUCUCAUUA